AUGAAUAGAUAAGAAAAAAUAGAAAUAGAGAGUGGAUUAAGAGCUAUUUUAGAAGAAGUACCAAUAUUUGAAAUAAUAUAGAUGCUUAAUUAUAAAAAUGAAAAAUGUUCAAGGAUUGAGUACUACAAUUGUAAUGAAUUAAUAUAGAGAAUCGCUAAGGCAUUUCGAGAUAUUAAGAACAGUAAUCAGGAAUACAAAAAAUUGGAAUCUGUUUUGCAAUAAUAGGAAGCCGAUAUUCGGAAUCAUAUAAGCGUAAUAAGAAUUUCUUAUUCGAUGACUAGUUGGAGCAAUAGAUGAAAUUGUAUUAAGAUUAAUUGCAAUCCAAAUUAGACGAAGCAUCUCAAGAAAUAAAGAGAUUAUAACAAGUGAUAUCUCAAUAUAGUACUAAUAAAGUAUAAUAGUGGUUAUCAGAAUCGAAAAAGAAGAAGGAUAAGAGUUAGGAUGGUUCCUUAACAUAGAGAAUUAGUUCUCCAUAAAAAUAUUCCUCUUUGUCUUAACAUGGGUAUUCAUCUCAUCGAAGUUCCUGUGAUGAAUUAUUUAAGAGAUAUAAUAAACUACUUUAAUAAUAAUAAGCAUAAAUAAGCCAACGAUCCAAUAAUAUUUAAAUUAGUUAAUACAUGAUGAAAGGAAGACAAACCCUGGCAGAAAUUUGCAACAUUCAACCUAGCAAACCUAGUCGAAGUCAAACAAAACAUAGUAAUAGCGCAAAUAAAAGCAGUUAAAAUAAUUCAAUAAGUUCUGAAACCAUAAGAAAUUUAUUAAAAAUGAAAUGAAU